CCUUCGUCCACCGGAGGAGUAAGAGCAAAGGCAGAGACUGGCAGAGAAACCGAGCAUCCGCCGAGGGUCAGGCUGCAUAUUGCAGUCCCGGGCUUGAGGUGCUUUUUGCUGCUGUCCCUCACUCAGAUCGUCCAGGUAAUACCCUCGCAAGCAACAAGGAUGGAUGUCUUUAAGAAAGGUUUCUCUAUUGCUAAAGAAGGUGUGGUGGCUGCUGCAGAAAAGACCAAGCAGGGAGUGACGGAGGCUGCAGAGAAGACUAAAGAAGGGGUGAUGUAUGUGGGUACCAAAACCAAGGAAGGUGUAGUGCAAAGUGUGACCUCAGUUGCUGAGAAGACCAAAGAGCAGGCCAAUGUGGUGGGAGAAGCAGUAGUAGCCAGCGUGAACACAGUGGCAAACAAGACUGUAGAAGGAGCAGAGACCAUCGUGGCCACUACAGGAGUUGUAAAAAAGAAAAGCAUUUUUUCCAGGGCCUCGAGCAGGACUGCCCAGGCCGCCAUGAGCAUCUGGCCGGAGUCAGAGCUCCGGGCCGUGCUGGGUGUGAAGGCGGAGGGGCUCAGCGCUUGCCCUCGCACCCGGCCGGUGCCCGGUCAGCGUGUGGCCCCGGCAGCUCUGCAGGCAGCAGAGGGCAGCAGCAAUUCAGGCAAAGCCCAUCCCAGCAGAGAGCCUGGCCCUCCUGCUCUGCUUUGUGCUGGUUUUGACAACAACCAAGCUCUUGUUGAUGAAGGCCGCGUGACCCAAAUUGUGCACGGAUUAAGCCAGAUUCAGACAAGGUGUCUCCUGUCCUCCAGCCUCUUUUGA